AUGUCUACUAUCUAUAUAAAUAACUUGAAUGAGAAGGUAUCACACAAUACUUUGAGGAAUGAGCUCCUCCAAGUAUUUCAAGAAUACAAUCCUAAGACUGUUCAUGUGAAGAAAACUUUAGCGUUGAAGGGCCAGGCAUUCAUAUCGUUCAAUAACGAUGUAUCGAAAAUAGUGAAGAAAUAUCAGAAUUUCAAGGUUUUCGGUAAACCCAUGAAGAUUAGUGUGGCUAGGAGUAAGAGUUAUGAUAUUAUGGACGAGAAGAAAGUAGAAGAAUUGAAAGAGAUAAGGAGAUAUAAGAAAGCUGGUAAGCCUAACAAUACCUUGGUAUUGGAGUUUAUAGAUAGUAAGAGUAUCAAACAGGAAGUAGAGGAGGCAGAAGAAACUAAAGAAACCAAAGAGAGCAAAGAAACCAAAGAAACCAAAGAAACCAAAGAAAUAACUUUCACUACCGAUUCAGAGAACAUUGAAGACCAUUUGAAACAAGUAUUUGAUUUUGAAGGAUUCCUCAAUCUCAGAUUAAUUAAAGCCAGGAACAUAGCUUUCAUAGAAUUCGAAAAUGUUGAACAGAGUAAAAAGUGUUUCCAAAACAUCCCUAUAGAUAAAUUGAAGCAAUUGGGGAAACUUUCUUAUGCCAAAUAA